CUACUACUACUACUACUACUACUACUACUACUACUACUACUACUACUACUACUACUACUACUACUACUACUACUACUACUACUACUACUACUACUACUACUACUACUACUACUACUACUACUACUACUACUACUACUACUACUACUACUACUACUACUACUACUACUACUACUACUACUACUACUACUACUACUACUACUACUACUACUACUACUACUACUACUACUACUACUACUACUACUACUACUACUACUACUACUACUACUACUACUACUACUACUACUACUACUACUACUACUACUACUACUACUACUACUACUACUACUACUACUACUACUACUACUACUACUACUACUACUACUACUACUACUACUACUACUACUACUACUACUACUACUACUACUACUACUACUACUACUACUACUACUACUACUACUACUACUACUACUACUACUACUACUACUACUACUACUACUACUACUACUACUACUACUACUACUACUACUACUACUACUACUACUACUACUACUACUACUACUACUACUACUACUACUACUACUACUACUACUACUACUACUACUACUACUACUACUACUACUACUACUACUACUACUACUACUACUACUACUACUACUACUACUACUACUACUACUACUACUACUACUACUACUACUACUACUACUACUACUACUACUACUACUACUACUACUACUACUACUACUACUACUACUACUACUACUACUACUACUACUACUACUACUACUACUACUACUACUACUACUACUACUACUACUACUACUACUACUACUACUACUACUACUACUACUACUACUACUACUACUACUACUACUACUACUACUACUACUACUACUACUACUACUACUACUACUACUACUACUACUACUACUACUACUACUACUACUACUACUACUACUACUACUACUACUACUACUACUACUACUACUACUACUACUACUACUACUACUACUACUACUACUACUACUACUACUACUACUACUACUACUACUACUACUACUACUACUACUACUACUACUACUACUACUACUACUACUACUACUACUACUACUACUACUACUACUACUACUACUACUACUACUACUACUACUACUACUACUACUACUACUACUACUCAUUUCACAAUUUUCUAUUGCAGUAUAUCAGUGAACGGAUGUAUCAUUUUAAUUGACAAGUUUUAUGUUUUAAACUAUAUUUGUUCGAUGGGUAGUGGCUAG